AUGAAAGACGACGCGAACGUUAUUUUCACGCUGAGGGCAAUCAGCGACUACGCCAAAGAGGCGUUUAGGCACGCGCAUAACGAGCGAUAUUACAUACCCCCACCUCAUCUCGAAGUCACGCCUGCUGCCAGCCGCGAGUCGUCGGUAGCGACUAAUAUCGGACAUGGGGGCGGCGAAGAAGAUGGCGAUGGACCGGAGACAUGGAAUACAGAGAGUAAGGGUAAUGACAGGCAAGAUUUUGGCCAGCAACUCCGCUUCACAUUCGAUCAAAGGCCGAGAAAUAUCGAGCGAGGAUUUGUAUUCGGGAGCAACCCAAAGACUUGCGAUGUCUUCAUAGGGGUAUCUAAAGAUGGCGUAAGCAGUUCGCAUUUCAGGAUCACGUUCGACGAUCAAAAGCGGCUGGUGUUGAUAGACUCGUCCGCAUUGGGAACGGCAGUCAGCUACGGUGGCCAGGCAAGGGACGAAAAACGGAAAAACCCACAGGACCGACAGCUGAAGAGACCGCGAGAUAAAUCAAACGACUUCCCAUGGAUCCUGUUCCCUGGCAGCGAUGACAAACGGGUUAUAAUCGGGGAAAGCAUUCAAUCCUUCCCUGACGCUCCCAUUAUUGAGUUCUUGGUGGAAGUUGUGGACCCCGACGAUAAGUCCUGCCCGCAACAGUACACAGAUAUGAGGGAUGCAUACCUCGAGGAGAUGCGAACGGCGAUCCCAUUCGGUCUCAACAUCGAUAGCCACCCGACCACCGCAGGCCAGACGGAAUCACACUCUCCGAGAAAGCGUUCGAAACAGCGUCCGAUCUGGAUCGAUCGUGAAGAGAUCGGUAGCGGCGAAUUUGGGACUGUCUACCGGGCUGUUGAUGUGAGCACAGGUGUUAUAUAUGCUGCCAAAACUUUCCUGCGGAACGGUAAAGGUCACCGGGAAAGGUGGGAUAGAGAAGUUGCGCUUUUGCGUAAUGUUUCGCAUCAUCACAUUGUGAAGUUCGUGGAUCACGAUGCCGAACGGAAAUAUCCCCGCCUAAUAAUGGAAUAUCUACCUCUUGGGAACCUAGAGGAACAGAAUCGGAUUUCACGAAUCACUGAAUGGGAGACCGUUACACUCCUCUGCCAGGGACUUGACGCUCUUGAUUAUCUACACUCGCGCAAAACCGUACACCGCGAUCUCAAACCGGCAAACAUUCUGGUCCAGCGCCGAGAGCCCGCCAAUUUCUGCAUCAAAAUUGCUGAUUUCGGACUGGCUAAGCAUGGCUCGUUCCUAGAGACUGUCUGCGGCACACAGCUCUACGCUGCCCCGGAAAUUUGGUGGAACCACCCUUACACCGACAAAAUUGACAUAUGGUCGCUGGGCGUUCUCGUUUUUCAGUACGCAUAUGGCCUCCCGGAGUUCCCGACGGUAAAUGGUCGACCUGAGACUAAACACUGGUAUCCGGAGCUUAUUGGGGCAAUUCACGAUUGGGACCCAGAUGAGUUGCUGGACUUUCUCUCGUCCAGCAUGCUGAGGAUGGAUCCUUGCGAACGGCUGUCGGCAAGCGAGUGUCUGAGAGAAUCAGCCAAACUUCGCGAGGCAAUCACGCCAGUGCAGGAUUUGGAAAUGGACCCCGGAACACCUACAGAACCAAUGUCAUCAUCUGCCAUCAUGAGAGCUUUCCAGGCUGCCGGAUCUUGGGGAAGUCAGGCAGUGGCUGCCCAGGAGGCAGAGACACAGAUUGACCUCCCCGCGCUUAGCUUGCUGAAGUCUGGCUGGCAGCCUCCCACAGACAGAGGAGAUGAAGAGAGGGCUGCCGAAGACGUAGGGACACAGCUCGACUUCCCCACGCUACGCACGCUCAAGUCAGGCUGGCGACCAGAAGAGUAUCCUGCGACGCUUACACAGAUAUGGGACCUUGCGCCCGGUGGGGACCACGGAUCAGAAGAAGGAAGUCAACAGCGCGUCGAGUCCAGUGUUGAAAAAGAUUCUCAGAUAAGGCAUUCCAAACGUCAACGUAUUGAACAACCCGGCGACCGGCCUUUACUCAACUAUGGACAAACGCCUUGGAGACAGUACCAGGACCAGGUCUUAAUAGAGCAUCUAGCAUCCGGCUGCAUUCAGAUGGUACUAGAAGGGAAAGCUGUGUCCAUGCGCAAAUCGGACUGGUGGCUCAACGCAACUCAGCUCAUAACGUUGGCUGGCAAGACUAAGAAGGAGCGGGAUCGUAUCAUGGCAACUCUCAAGCAACACACAAAGGUUGAAGUAUCGGAAUCGCGGCCCCAACAGUCGUGGAUUUCCUACUCAGACGGUCGACUUUUAUGCCAAUUCCUAGUGUUAACGGACACCUUACUGCCGCUUCUUGACUAUGGGCUGAAGCAAGGCGCCAGCCUUGAUGACAAACCGAACUUCCUCGAGCCAGAGUUUCUAGGAAUCAAGGCUGGUGAGACCACUGUAUACAUUCGUAGGAAAGACCUCUGGGUCAAUGCGACCCACAUAGUCAAGGCAGGUGGUUUCCAUCGACGGCGGGAAAUACCGAAAAUCAGAGAGAGAGAAACGUAUGAUUACGUUCGUGCAGGCGGCGCAGCAGGGACAUAUGUAUCUCCCUCGAUUGGACUUCAGUUAUGCGAAGAGUACGGGCUCAAUGAGCUUCAAAGCGUCCUUCGACAGGUCUUGGAAGAGCACGGAUACCAGCGGGGAGACCCGAGCCAGCCAGCCGUUACUGCACCAAGGCCAACAAUGAGGAAGACGGGCGAUGUAGAAUUGCUGCAUUCGACGAUUCAAAAGCCAGAGGCGGGUUCUUCAACUGAUCAAAGAUUGUCCCGGGCUAAAACGUCCUCAAAUCUGUGCGUUGCAGAUACAGCCAAACAUAGCCAAGUAUCUUGUUUCACCGAAACAGAGAAUGCGUCAUUCCUUCCACCGAUCAAAGGGUCGUUGAUGCAGCCGAUUCAACCAAAACUCUGCCCUUCGUCAGAUCAGCUCUACCGACAUACUUAG